AUGUCUGCUAUGGAAAUUGAGAGCCAGCCUGCUCCUAAGAAGGAAGAGGCUCAGCUGAUUAUCGAAGAAGACGAAGAAUUCGAAGAGUUUGAGCUUUAUAAGAAUAAAGAAGAAAUAAACCAAGAGGCACUAAAAGAGUGGGAAGAAGAGUGGGAAGACGAUGUGAUUGAAGAUGACUUUGCGGCAACUUUGAGAAAUGAGCUGAAAACCCAGAAUUAA